AUGUUUGAUAUGCACUUUUCAACUUCACGCUCUUUCGAUUGUCAUCCACCAUGUAAUCAGGUGUUCAUUCUUCCACCACUUAGUUCGUUAUCUCAUCCUGUCACAUUGUCUAUCCGUCCAUUCAGGCAUCCAUACAGCACUCUACUAACUUGGCUAUUCAAUCAAAAACUCCUUUUUUGCGCUUCACAAGAUAAUCGGCAUUUAAGUCAUGUAUUCGGGAAGAUCAACUGUUGCCCUGAUUUUGCUUUUAACCUUCAAAGGCGUUUAGGUCUUCUUUCAGCUUCUAUGCAGUUAGUUUGUAAUAAUAAUUACAAGAGGCAAAGCAGAGUCAUGCAAAUGUAUUCAAGAGCAUUUUUGUUUUAA